AUGGCGAUAAAGCAUGAUGUUAACGAUUAUCUUAAAAUCUCAGAUUCCAUUUACGGAAAUUUUACUUCCCCAAAUUAUCCUGGCCUAUAUCCGGCAGACCUCACGUGCCAUUAUAUGUUCAUUGGAACUGCGGAACAACGGUCUUCAGUUCGAGAUGACUGUGCAUUUAGCUUUUCCUGCUGUCUUUCUAUUCUUGCUCUGGGGGAAGGGAAAAGUAGUUGUAACCUUGUUCGGAGGUUACGACCAAACAUCAAUUCAGCUGGGGAUCGCCCUUUGGUCUGCAGGGUUCCUGCACUCUGUAUAAGGAUGCCUUGCUUAACCGUCUGCACUGCUCGCUCCGCCAAACCGUUCGGUACCGGGUGGUAA